UAGGAUCCAAGACAAUUUCAUUUCGUCAUAGCAAAGCGUAUAUCUUUGGUCAUAGGAUCGGACACGGGCGGACGAAGAAAACAGGAGGAACCGUUGAAAGAACUUCUUCGAGGCAUCAAUGUUUAGAAAACACCAAAUGGAUUCAUCAGCAGAAGAGAACAGCAUAGCCCUAGUUGCAGAUCCCUCAAUUAUGCUGAUAAAGCAAACAGAUUUUGAGAUGCUAAAGCAAGAAACAACUCGACUGAAACAAAAUAUUUCAAAUGUUUUUACUCAAGAUGUCAUUGAAAAAAUUGCAGGGCUCAGUAAUAUAGAAAAAGAACUUGAACAAACUCAACAAAAAUUGAAAGAAAAGAACCUUGAGGUUUAUCAUUGGAAGUCUCGGUUUGAAAAAACUCAGAUGGACUGUCAAAAAGAGAGAAAGGAGAAAAUUUGUUUACAAAGGGAGUUACAAGAAAUCAGCCAGCAACAUAAUUUACAAUCAGAUUACUUUGCCAGUAUGGGAUCAACGUACUGUACGGCUUUGUGGAGGGUGUCUCAGAAUGAACAAGCUGUUGUUAGUAUGUUGUCAGCACCCAAAGUUGGUGAUUUGUUCCAGUUUGUAAGUCAGACACUGAAAAGCUACAUUGAGACGUAUCAUGAUGACAUGCCAGCUGAGGAGAGCACCGAGGCACAGUUUGCUUGUUCUCUAUGUGGGAUCAUCACAAAUAUUGCAGCAUCAUCAUUUGGUCGGGAUGUUCUUGCAGAUAAUCCUGAAGGAAUGCAGGUUAUAGACACAAUGAUGUCCAUGCUGAUAGAUGCACCAACCAAAGGGGCUAGUCAGAUGAAGAAUUUAAUUCUAAUGUCACUAUAUAACCUGACGAUAAAUAAGAAGGGAUUUAAGUACAUAACCACCAAGACAUCUAUUUUGGAUCCUCUAGCGACAUUACUGAAAGAGGAAUGUGGUCCGGAGUUGAAACUUCACAGCCUGUUACUUAUCCAGUCGCUCAUCACUGAACAUGACAACAUCAACUUCCUCCAGUCAGCUAGAAAACUGCUAUCAACCGUCACUUUGGACAAGCUGUGUAGAAGCCAGUGCAGUGAUGUGAGGAAGGUUGCUAUGGAGAUUCAGCAAGAUUUGAGAUUAUACAACGAACAAUGAUAAUGCCCUCAACCAUGUUACAUCAUCUAAACAUCUGUAGCGUAUUGAAUGUGGAUGAGUAAUAGCAAUAAAGUACUGCACAGGAAGCCAGGCAAUCACGGCGCCCGAUGGUCAUCAUCCGGUGCAAUCCUCUGUAAAAUGCAACGCAAUUUUUAAUUGAGGCUUUGCGUCACCUUGCGCUCACGGAGAGUGGAGUUGGAUUUGUCAGCUGACAGUCCUACGACUGUCGUACAAUGAAGCAAGAGCCACACUUUUAUACCAUUCCAGCUACUGUUUCUUUGCUUGAAAGGCAAUCUGUCUUUGCGCGUUUAAAAGCAACGGAAUUGUUCAUAUUAAGUAUUUACAACAGUUUUGGAGGUUAAGUGUGGCACUUUAUUCAAGAGUAGCGCUUAUUAGAAGUAGCACCUUAACUAUAAAAUAAUGAGUGUAAAAAAUGGUACCAUGUGUUGUAUGUAGCAGCGGCGGUGCCAACAAGAGUGUAUUUUAUCUGCAUUUAGUCUACCCAGCAGUAUAGGUUCCAGCAUAAUGCUGGGAGCAACCUGCAGUGGACCACCUUCCCACCCUUUUUUAAGAUUGUUUUCUUAAUUGAACCCAGGACUUUAAGAUUGGAAUGCGAUUACAAAGUAACAGCUCCAUAUUAAUAAUAGCAGUUAAAUUGAUAACAGUCAAAUCUAAGUCAAUAUAACAUCUUUUGAUUAAAAUCGGCCACGAUGUUACAGUACAAUUAAAUUCCAAUACUUUUAUAUUUCUUAUUGUGGUGUAAAUAAAUUUGUUUUCAUGUUUAUAUAUUGUUUGCUUUGGUGUAAAAUAAACCAUGUGAAAUAAAGGUCUCCAUCUGAUUGGUACAAUA